GAGAGACUAAGCAUCUCUCAUUGGUGCUUAUCCUCUAUCGAGAUUUUCUUCCUUUCUCCCGGUUUUUACUGUCUCCCGUUUCUCUCCUGUUAAAAAAUUUACUCAGUCUUGAUAGUUUCACGAUUUUCCGAGCAAGUUACCUACCUACGCUUCUUAAUCCUCUAAAGUAUGAAAAAAUUCUUCUCUCUGGCAAUUAAUCCUCUCCAUUAAUUGCUUAUACUCUUUAAAAAAGUAAAAAAGAAAACUAGUGGCAGUCCAUUUUCUUUUUGGACUUUUUGGGGGGUUUCUUUAGACAAAAAUCGAUUUUGCUAACAAAUGAAUGAAAAUUCCUUCCGUUUUGUUUAAUAAAUAAAUUUUAAAUAAAAACAACAAAAAAUAAUUAAAAUGAGUGGAAUUGAGCUUGGCGGGUGUUUGCCUACACAAAUGCAGAUGCCUUCAAUAGCUCUGAAUUUGGUGUUAGCAGAAACACGAAUAUUUAGCGGGGACUCGUUGAAUGCAACUGUGUUAUUGGAUUCGGCAGAUCCUGACAACACAAUAAUUGAAUUCUUUGCAGAAAUUUUGGGUAUUGGAAAAACUGGUUGGGUGAAUAUUAGAACUGAUAAAAUUUAUGAAACUGAACAUGAAUUUGUUCACAUUGUGGUCCCUCUCUGUCAACGCAAAAUUGUUUUAAACCCAGGGAGGCACAGAUUUAAUCUGAGGGUGAAUAUACCAGAGACGGCACCUAGCAGUUUAGAAAGUCAAUUUGGUUCUAUUAGGUAUACAAUAAGACUACAAAUAGUUGGGAAUGCUGAACAUUGUUCCGCCCUAGAAAUUUUUCCUUUCCUUGUCCUUGCCAAGUCCUAUCUGGAUCAAGUUCCUCAAGCUAUUCUAAGGCAUAUUGACUAUGAGGAUGAAAUCAACUUUACAGUAUGCACUCUACCUUUUGGUGUUGUACGCUUAAGAAUAGGGCUGCCUAGAACUGGAUUUUGUGUUGGAGAAGUAAAAAUUAUAGCAAAAAAAUAUCAGGAAAAAAAAUUAAUUUUAAAGGUAAUUCGAGUGAGUAUAUCCGUUAGAAAUGGCAGCAGAAAACAAUUGAGGGAAUGCUGCCUCCAAUUAGUCUUGAAAAGCCAUUUUCUCGCUCAAAGCAGAUAUGAACAAGCUAAUGAUACUAAAUUGGUUGAAACUUUGUUAGAUUCCCAUCAAAUUGAUAAUAUUAGAGGAAGAAGUGAGAUUAACGCUGAGGAAUGCCUUCUGCGAGUACCAGAACAAACCAUUCCAUCUAUGCAUUCUCCCAUUAUUUCGCUUUCUUAUGUUCUCCGCUUUAUCGGACUGCCUGGUAUUGAAACAGAAAUUCCACUUGUUAUAACCUCUCUUGGAUAUAAACAUGCCAUUGGGAAAUAA